GUUGACGUUCAAGACUCAACUCCUGUCUUGGCGUGCAUCAUCGCCACCGAACCACCAGACUUCCUCAUUCCUUGUGCCGACUUGUGCAAUCUUGACUUCCAACGGUGCCUGGUGCAUUUUGUCAACGUCAUUCACAAACAAUAUCACUGUGAUAGUCAGCCACCAUGGUGGAUAACCAGUCGAAACAAGCAGCUCGCUCGAUGGGCGAUCUGUCCAUUGAUGCUGAGCAGAUCCGGCGGAUGGAAGAGGCUCGCCUCAAAGCCAAAGCAGCAGCGAAACAGCCUCAUAGUCUGAAUCCAAGUAGCUCAUCCGUCGCAGGGAUAAAACGCUCAUAUGAAAGCCACAACUCGUCCAACACUCCCAAGAAUCUGCGCGAUGCCUCUGCCACUUCCGGCCGGAGGCGAGAUGAGAACGGGUUCAUACAACCGCCUUCGAACGAUUUGAUCCAGCCCGCUAAAAAUUUUGGUCGUUCCGAGUACAUCGAAUACGAUUUCAGUAAGAUGACAGAUACCAAGGGAGGGUUUUUGAGUACAACGGAUGAUCCGCACAAUCGCGCAAUGUGGAGCGGGAAAGGGCGAGAGGAAGAAAAGCCUCCUGGCAUCUCCCUUGCCGACUGGGAACGUGAACGGGUGAGGAAGAAGUUGAGGGAAAACAGGGCGGGACCUUUUGAACCUGGUAUCUCUAUUCUGAACGCUACGGACGGGAAAUUCGAGGACGAGGCCAAUAUAGCUGCCGCAGAGAAUGAGGAUGUCGAGGAGUUCAAGGGAAAAUACGGGGAUGGCAAGCGCGACAUUAAGGGCAAAUGCCGGGAAUGUAGUACUCUGGAGAUUGACUGGAAAUGGCAGGACAUAUUCGGAAUUGGAAUCUGCUCUGGCUGCAAAGAGAAGAUGCCCGAUAAGUAUUCGCUACUGACCAAAACCGAGGCCCGCGAGGAUUAUCUUUUGACAGAUCCGGAACUAAAGGACGAAGAGUUGCUGCCCCAUCUCGAGCGUCCAAACCCGCAUAAGACGAAUUGGAAUAAUAUGCAGCUGUUCUUGCGUUUGCAGGUUGAAGCCUACGCGUUCUCGUCUCGGAAAUGGGGUUCUGCUGAGGCACUCGAUGAGGAGUACGAGAAGCGGCAACAGGUCACAAAGGCACGGAAAGAGAAGAAAUUCAAAAACAAACUCGAAGAGCUAAAGAAGCGGACGAGAUUUGAGGCGUACAAGAGAGCGAGGAUGGGAGAUCAGACCAACGGUGCAAACUUUGGAGAUAAGGUAAAAAGGUUUGGCGAGAAGCAUGUCCAUGAGUGGGGUAGAAGUGUCUUAGAUCCAGAGACCGGCAUGACCAGAAAGAGGUGUGAUGAAUGCGGUAUGGAGGUAGAGGAGCUAGAGUUUUGAACGUUGUUACGGCAACGAUAAAUGCAUGAGAAUAUUUCGAAACGAUCAUCGAACCUCACUUCCAGGUUAUAUAUGCAAGCUAACAUUGCAGUGACUUCGGGAGCGCUUUGGAUAGUGUAUUACGUCCCCAUG